AGUCUCGCGAGAGCCGGCCCAGCUCGAGGCAGCGUGAGGCGGCAUGGCGAAGACGGUGGCGUAUUUUUAUGACCCCGAUGUGGGCAACUUCCACUACGGCGCGGGGCACCCCAUGAAGCCGCAUCGCCUGGCGCUGACGCACAGCCUGGUGCUGCACUACGGGCUCUACAAGAAGAUGAUCGUAUUUAAGCCGUACCAGGCAUCCCAACACGAUAUGUGCCGCUUUCACUCGGAAGACUAUAUCGACUUCCUCCAGAGGGUGAGUCCCAACAACAUGCAGGGAUUCACGAAGAGCCUCAACGCUUUCAACGUGGGGGACGACUGCCCAGUGUUCCCGGGGCUGUUUGAAUUUUGUUCUCGAUACACUGGGGCCUCGUUGCAAGGAGCAACGCAGCUGAAUAAUAAGAUUUGUGAUAUUGCCAUAAACUGGGCCGGAGGUCUGCACCAUGCCAAGAAGUUUGAGGCGUCUGGGUUUUGUUAUGUCAACGACAUUGUGAUCGGCAUCUUGGAGCUUCUCAAGUACCACCCGCGGGUGCUUUACAUCGAUAUCGACAUUCACCAUGGCGACGGGGUUCAGGAGGCCUUUUACUUGACGGACCGUGUCAUGACGGUGUCUUUUCACAAAUACGGAAACUACUUCUUCCCCGGCACAGGAGACAUGUAUGAAGUGGGGGCAGAGAGCGGCCGCUAUUACUGCUUGAACGUCCCCUUGCGUGAUGGCAUCGACGACCAGAGUUACCAGCACCUCUUCCAGCCUGUCAUCAACCAGGUGGUAGAAUUCUACCAGCCCACCUGCAUAGUGCUGCAGUGUGGUGCGGACUCUCUAGGCUGCGAUCGUCUGGGCUGCUUUAACCUCAGCAUAAGAGGACACGGGGAGUGCGUGGAAUACGUCAAGAGCUUCAGCAUCCCCCUGCUGGUGCUGGGAGGGGGCGGCUACACGGUGCGCAACGUGGCCCGCUGCUGGACUUACGAAACCUCGUUGCUGGUCGACGAGGCGAUCAGCGAGGAGCUGCCUUAUAGCGAAUACUUUGAAUACUUUGCGCCAGACUUUACGCUCCACCCCGACGUCAGCACCCGGAUUGAGAACCAGAACUCGAGGCAGUACUUAGACCAAAUCCGGCAGACCAUCUUUGAAAAUCUGAAGAUGCUGAACCAUGCACCCAGUGUCCAAAUCCAUGACGUCCCGUCUGACCUGCUCAGCUAUGAUCGCACGGACGAGCCUGACCCCGAAGAGAGAGGCUCCGAGGAGAACUAUAGCAGGCCAGAGGCCUCCAACGAGUUCUACGAUGGCGACCAUGAUAACGAUAAAGAAAGCGACGUGGAGAUCUGAGGCCCGAAUCCCGCCGGCGUGGACCGCGUGGAGUUCCCUGUCUGGACCGGGCUGGCCCGGGGACACGGCUUUUGCCAGGAGCCAGCGGCUGCACCUCCGCCGGCCGCUCGAAGCCGUUCUGGCAGCUGCUGUGGGGCGAGGGGCAGCGGAGAGGCUCGGCUGGGCUCCGUCCAGUGCUCCCCUCGCCCCUCCGCUCCCCAUGGCUGAGCCGCUGGCCGUGGACACGGCGCCAGUGCAGAUCCACACCAGCCGGUUUUGCUGCAGAGGAGCCAGUUCCAGGUUUCGCUACGCAGGGACCCGCUCCCUCCCUGCCACGCUUGAAGAGAGCACUAGAACUUCGCGUCGAACCUUUCCUCUGGCUUGUUUUGAUCGAAAUUCUCAUUCUGCUGAAGAACCCGACCUGAAAUCCACCGCAAGCUGCCACGACAGGAUUAUUUAUUUGCCAUAUUUCAGCCCGUUGACCAUCCCUCUGUUGCAAUAACUUGGACGAAAUGGAAAACUGGACAACACUGGCUGCUCUCUCUUGAGAUGCAGUGGAGAGGCCAACUUUGGACUGGGCUUGUUCAGGAUCUAGAUUUCUUCCUGGGCAAUGUGUGUGCAUAUUUUGAGGGUCAGACUGCUGGGAAUGUUCGCUUAUGCUGACGUAUGUGCCCCCAAGCACCCCGAGGCUGGGGUGGGCAGCUGGCAGCCCUCGUGCUGCCGUGACCUACAGCUCCCAUUGUUCCUCAGCAUUGGCUGUGCUGGCUGGGGCUGAUGGGAGUUGUAGGCUGAUGGAGCAGUCCUGCUCAGGCCUCUAUUCUCCAGUGGAGGAGCAAGGGGCUCCUGAAGAAGCACCGUCCUGAUUGUGGGGCGAAGCUUGAUCCCCAGGCCAGGAUCAGAUGGUCUCUAUUUUGGAACUUCUUUCAUCUGUGAAUACUCUAUGUGGGGAAUCCUGCCUGUCAGAGCAGAAUUUCCCGCCUGCUUCCCCUUGUGCGCUGUCCCAUCUUUUCCAGCAAAGGUCCUGGGGUCGCAGCCGAGAGGAGGAGAUGGAAAACUGAACCUUAACUUAGAGUAGAGUCCAGGCCAGAACACACACAACCACAGGCUCCCCUUUCCGGUCAGCUUCGUGGGCACGGAUGCAGCAUGGGCCUCCCUUUGCUCGUGCUGGAGAUGCUUGACAGAGGUGUGAGGACUUUUUUGCCACUAGGAUGACAGAACAGCAGCUGAACCUGUCUUUAUGUGCAUAUUUUAUGUACUUGUUAAAAUAGUAAAAGACCAAGUGGUACUUUGGUC